UCAGCCAUGAAUUACUACAGCAAAAUUCGCAGACUAACCUCAAGCAUCUUUCCACUGAUGGUUCCAGAUCACUAUAGAGAGCUCAUGAGAGCUGCCAGGCAGUGGCGACAAUGCAAGCUUUACAAGUGGCAUGGAUUUGCCCACAAAGAUGACCGGCCAAAGGAUGGUGAUCUCGCCCUAUUUUGCCCGGCAUGUCCGCAACCGGGUAUAAACUUGGACCUGUCUACCGGUACAGUCGCCCAGCCGGACAAUACACCUUCCUGGCUCAUGACUAGGUAUUUGGUCAUGGAUGGAAAUUUCAAAGCUGAGCACAUGCAUCCGGUGAAUCCAUCCGAUGAAGUAUCAUUAAUGGAUGGUCUGGGGUUCAUGGUCUCCGAUGAAAGAUACAAGAGCCAUUUGGCCAUCGCGCAAGACAAUGUCCAAAGGUCAGAUUGCAAUAAUCACCGGGCAGUAAAUCAAGCAAACACCUCAUGGCAAAGGCUGGAAACCACUGGUAUAGGAGGAUGUGCAUGUGCACGGCAUGGAUGUUUUGUCCCACAUUUCAUGGUAGACUUUCAGAAAGGCGAAAGGCAGAUGAACAUGGACUAUGCAUUAAGUCAAGCGCUCAACUAUAAGACCAAUGGAAUCUCUCGAGCCAUCACUUUCUAUGACAUGAAUUGUCAGUAUAACAAGUAUUUGAAGGACCGGAUCGCUUCCAGCAUGUAUCUUUCCAUCCCCAUAGGUAUGGAUAUCAUUCCCGGUGUGAAGAAUACUCAUACAAUGCAUCUCCGGAUGGCACGUCUGGUAGCUAAGUUUCUGUCCAGAAAGUUGAAAGAGGCUAUCAAGGGUGCUUCGAAGAGCAAACUUGCAUUUGAUAAUCUGAAUGAGACAGCCAACCCUGACAUGGUCGUUCUUUGGAAGGCAGAGGAGGCACUAGCUCAUGCAAACAGAGCAGAGGAUCCUACAGCUAUGGACAUCUAUGAGGUCCGGUUGGAAAGGGGCAAGUCUCCAACAAAAAAACAGCAGGAAUUGCACCUGUUGCAGGCUCAAAAUCGCCCUGAACAUCCGGUCAUCAACCCUCCCGGUCAACGAGGAGCCACCACUUGGCUCGCAACUGGUCUCACCAUAGAGGAAUCCCAAAUAUCUCUCUGCAAGGACGUGAAAAGUUUACGAAUGCACCCAAUGGACAUGCAACUGUUGAGAGUGGCUCGAUGCCGGGAUAAGCUUCACACUCAGAUCACGAGCUUUCUCGAGAUGGCACCUACUUAUCUUGGAGUCGGAGUCAAUGUCAAUGACCCAGAUUUUCCGGUUAUUGUUGGUAAUUCACUCGAUGAUUGUGAAGAUUACUCCGAUCUUGACAAAGAUCAAAAUCCUGAUCCGGACAUACACAAUACUUCCAUAUUUCAACCAGAGCUCACUGUCAUACCUCUGCCAUCCGACAUUGGUGCGGUGAGGUGCAGGGAGUUAGGUCUCACCAAUUUCAUCAAAGAAGAAAUUGCCCUCCGAGAAGGCCAGGCCAAUGGCGCACUCCAUGCCAUUAGAGUUCAUUUAGGAGAUAAAGCUGUUUUAUUCCGCAAUACUGUCCGGUCAGCCAAGUCACAGGCUUCAUCUACUAGGGCAUGGACUCGAGUUCGCCCAGUUGAAACAGCAGUCAAUCUCAAUGCUCGUAUAUAUUCGAAAUGCCGGUUGCAACUGGCCAAACUCCCUGACCACGACCUCUUGAAGAAAUACCUUCCUUUGAAGAAAGAAGACCUGAAAGCCAGCUCUGCAGUGGCCGAUCCAAAUGCACGUGGUCAGAGGGAUACCACUCUUUCAUGGUUCUGGUCCUUGGAUGUUCAGGGAGACACAUCAGGAAAUGACUGGAUGACUGAAUUUUACUGGGUUAAUUGGCUCUGGACGAAAGCACUGCGCAAUCGCUGGAAUGAGGAGGUUAUUCUUGUCAAACACGAAAUGCAGUAG